CUGCCGUAGAGAGAAGGGAAAAGUCUUUGCUGCGAUGCCUCUGGGAAGAUGGCAGCUUUUGGGAUCCUGAGUUACGAGCACCGGCCUCUGAAACGGCCGAGGCUUGGACCACCCGAUGUUUAUCCUCAGGACCCUAAGCAGAAGGAGGAUGAGUUAACAGCACUGAAUGUGAAACAGGGGUUUAAUAAUCAGCCAGCAGUAACAGGGGAUGAACAUGGCAGUGCGAAAAAUGUCAACUUCAACCCUUCUAAGAUCAGUUCAAAUUUCAACAAUAUUAUCACAGAGAAACUCCGAUGCAACACAUUCCCCGACACCGGAAAAAGAAAACCUCAAGUUAACCAGAAGGAUAAUUUCUGGCUAGUAACAGCAAGAUCCCAGAGCUCCAUAAAUAACUGGUUUACAGACCUGGCAGGGACUAAACCCCUCACUCAACUUGCCAAGAAGGUUCCCAUCUUUGGUAAAAAAGAGGAAGUGUUUGGCUACUUGGCAAAGUAUACUGUGCCAGUAAUGAGAGCGGCUUGGCUCAUCAAAAUGACCUGUGCCUACUUUGCAGCAAUUAUUGAAACCAAAGUGAAAAAACGACAUGCAAUUGACCCCUGUAUAGAGUGGACUCAAAUCAUAACCAAGUACCUCUGGGAGCAGCUUCAGAAAGUUGCUGAGUUUUAUCGACAGUCAUCCAGUCAAGGUUGUAGCUCUCCACUUCCUACCACACCUGCGGAGGUAGAGACGGCCAUGAAACAGUGGGAAUAUAAUGAGAAGCUAGCAAUGUUUAUGUUUCAGGAUGGCAUGCUGGACAGGCAUGAAUUUCUUACCUGGGUUUUGGAGUGUUUUGAGAAAAUACGACCAGGUGAAGAUGAACUUCUGAAACUGCUCCUACCACUCAUGCUUCAGUAUUCUAGUGAGUUUGUGCAGUCUGCCUACCUCUCUAGGCGGCUGGCCUAUUUCUGCACACGCCGGCUUGCCUUGCUGCUGAGUGAUGGAAGUUUGGGUUCUGUUCCUGGGAGUCACCAGGCCCAUGUCAUUGCAGCACAACCUGGAAAUCCCCUGCCUCCAACCCCAGCCCCACAACCAGCUGGUGGAAAUCAUACCCAGACUCCCUUUACAGAUUUCUACCUUUGCUCUCAGCAUCGGCCACUAGUUUUUGGCCUUAGCUGCAUGUUACAAAGCAUUGUACUUUGUUGUCCCAGUGCUCUAGUUUGGCACUACUCAUUAAUGGAUAGUAGAAAUAAAACAGGCUCUCCUUUGGAUUUACUACCUAUAGCUCCUUCUAAUCUGCCCAUGCCUGGGGGAAACACUGUUUUCACACAGCAGGUGCGAGCAAAGGUUCGAGAGAUUGAAGAGCAGAUCAAAGAACGAGGUCAGGCUGUGGAAGUUCGGUGGUCCUUUGAUAAGUGUCAGGAAACCACGGCAGGCUUCACUAUUGGACGUGUUCUGCACACCUUGGAGGUCCUGGACAGCCAUAGCUUUGAAAAAUCUGACUUCAGCAACAAUUUGGAUUCACUGUAUAAUCGAAUCUUUGGCUCUGGCCAAAGUAAAGAUGGUCACGAGAUGUCUCCAGAUGAUGAUGCUGUUGUGACACUGCUAUGUGAAUGGGCUGUGAGUUGUAAACGCUCUGGGAGACAUCGUGCCAUGGUGGUAGCAAAACUUCUUGAAAAGAGACAGGCUGAAAUUGAGGCUGAGAGGUGCGGAGAAUCUGAAGUUGUUGAUGAGAAGGGUUCUGUUUCUUCUGGAUCACUCUCUGCUGCUACUUUGCCCGUUUUCCAGGAUGUUCUGCUACAGUUUUUGGAUACUCAAGCACCCAUGCUUAUGGAUCCUGGAAAUGAGAGUGAGAGGGUGGAAUUCUCAAACUUGGUACUCCUUUUCUGUGAAUUGAUUCGGCAUGAUGUUUUUUCUCAUAACAUCUACAUGUGUACCCUCAUUUCACGAGGGGACCUAGCACUAGACUAUCAUUUGCCACGUCCCCGCUCACCAAGUGAAGAACCAACUGAUGACACUGACCGUAAGGAACAAGACCCAGGAGGCAAUGGGAAACUUGAGGACACUGGUUUGUCUGAGUCUAUGGAGAUUGAGCAAAAUCCAAGUGCAAUUUUUGAUGAUGUAAUGUUCUCUCCUCCUAUGCACUGUGAAUCCAAAGGCAGCCCUUCUCCUGAGAAACCUACACUGGAUCAUGAAGGGAAGACACCUGCUAAGGAUAAGAGUUCAGAUACUACAUUUCCUCUAGUGUAUGAACUGCCACGACACAUCCAAUAUGCAACACAUUUUCCUAUUCCUCAGGAGGAGAGUGCCAGUCAUGAGUGUAACCAGCGUCUUGUUGUUCUAUAUGGUGUUGGGAAGCAACGAGAUGAAGCUAGGCAUGCUAUAAAAAAAAUAACCAAAGAUAUCCUGAAAGUGCUAAACCGGAAAAGCACAGCAGAAACAGGUGAAGAGAGUCAGAAACGAAAGAGAAGCAAGCCGGAAGCAUUUCCCACAGCAGAGGACAUUUUUGCUAAAUUCCAACAUCUUUCCCAUUUUGACCAGCAUCAGGUCACCUCUCAGGUGUCAAGGAAUGUUUUAGAACAGAUCACAAGCUUUGCAUUGGGAAUGUCCUAUCAUCUUCCCUUGGUUCAGCAUAUUCAGUUCAUCUUUGACCUCAUGGAAUACUCCCUUAAUAUUAGUGGUCUCAUUGAUUUUGCUAUUCAGCUGUUGAAUGAACUCAGCCUUGUGGAAGCUGAGCUCCUUCUGAAGUCGUCUAGCUUGGUUGGCAGUUACACAACUGGCUUGUGUUUAUGUAUAGUGGCUGUGCUACGUCGUUACCAUUCCUGCUUGAUCCUCAAUCCAGACCAGACGGCACAAGUUUUUGAUGGGCUUCGGAUUGUGGUAAAGCAUGGAGUUAAUCCUGCUGACUGCUCUUCUGCUGAACGAUGUAUUCUUGCCUAUUUAUAUGACCUCUACACCUCCUGCAGCCACCUUAAAAGUAAAUUUGGUGAGAUUUUCAGUGAUUUUUGCUCCAAAGUUAAAAACUCUAUUUAUUGCAAUAUUGACCCUUCUGAUUCCAACAUGCUGUGGGACCCUGAGUUUAUGAUUGAUACUAUAGAGAACCCUUCUGCCCAUAACUUCAGUCACUCUAUGGCAGGCAAAAUCCUCAAUGACAACCCAGCCAAUCGGUACAGCUUUGUGUGCAAUGUACUCAUGUAUGUUUGUGUUGGACACCAUGACCCAGAAAGAGUGAAUGAAAUUGGGAUUUUGUGUGCAGAGCUUACUGCCUACUGCCGGUCAUUGAGUGCAGAAUGGUUGGGAGUGUUGAAAGCCCUUUGCUGCUCCUCGAACAAUGGGAAUUGUGGCUUUAAUGAUCUUCUGUGCAAUGUUGAUGUGAGUGAUCUCUCCUUUCAUGAUUCUUUGGCCACAUUUGUUGCAAUUUUGAUUGCCCGCCAGUGUUUAUUGUUGGAGGAUCUUGUUCGAUGUGUUGCAAUUCCUUCCCUGUUAAAUGCAGCCUGCAGCGAGCAGGACUCUGAGCCUGGUGCAAGGUUAACCUGCAGAAUUCUUCUUCAUUUAUUCAAAACACCUCAGCGUAACCCCUGCCAACAAGAUAACUCUAAAUCAGACAAGCCCUCUGUUGCAAUUCGUUCCUCAUGUGAUCGCCAUCUUUUGGCUGCAUCCCAAAAUAGCAUCGUUGUAGGUGCAGUGUUUGCCGUUUUAAAAGCAGUUUUCAUGCUCGGAGAUGCAGAGCUGAAAGGAUCAGGGUUUUCUCACACAGCUGGUUUGGAUGACAUUUCAGAAGAUGAUCUUGGCUCUAAAAAGGCCGGUGGCCGAGCAGUUUCCAUUGAAACAGCCAGUCUGGAUGUGUAUGCCAAGUAUGUGCUGAAGAGUAUCUGCCAGCAGGAAUGGGUGGGAGAGCGCUGCCUGAAGUCUCUCUCUGAGGACAGUGGAUCUCUUCAGGAUCCUGUACUUGUGAACAUUCAAGCACAGCGCCUUCUACAGCUCAUUUGUUACCCUCACCGACAACUUGACAGUGAAGAGGGGGAGAAUCCACAGAGACAGAGAAUCAAACGCAUUUUACAGAAUAUGGACCAGUGGACCAUGCGGCAGUCUUCUCUGGAAUUACAACUGAUGAUAAAACAAAGCACUGGUAAUGAACUAACCUCCCUCCAGGAGAAUAUUGCAAAGGCUACUAUUGAAGUAUUCCAGAAAUCAGCAGAACUGAACUCCAGCAAUCCUUCAGGAAAUGGUUCAGUAGUUUCGGGAAACAUUGUUAAUUCUGUCUCUAACAGCAACAGUGCUAGCAAGCUGAAACCAGUGUUAAGUUCUUCUGAGCGCUCUGGUGUCUGGCUGAUUGCUCCUUUAAUUGCGAAGUUACCAACUUCUGUCCAGGGUCAUGUUCUUAAAGCUGCAGGGGAAGAACUUGAGAAGGGACAGCACCUUGGCUCGUCUUCUCGUAAAGAGCGUGACCGACAGAAGCAGAAGAGCAUGUCUCUUCUGAGCCAGCAGCCAUUUUUGUCACUGGUAUUAACUUGUUUAAAGGGACAGGAUGAACAAAGAGAAGGGCUUCUUACUUCACUUUACAGUCAAGUGCAACAGAUUGUAACUAAUUGGCGUGAGGACCAAUAUCAGGAUGACUGCAAAGCCAAACAGUUGAUGCAUGAAGCUUUGAAACUCCGGCUAAAUCUGGUUGGAGGAAUGUUUGACACCGUUCAACGAAGUACCCAGCAGACGACUGAAUGGGCUGUGCUUCUCCUUGAUAUCAUCAGUAGUGGCACAGUCGAUAUGCAGUCCAAUAAUGAGUUGUUUACCACAGUUUUAGACAUGUUAAGUGUUCUCAUUAAUGGCACUCUCGCAGCUGACAUGUCAAGUAUUUCUCAAGGAAGCAUGGAAGAAAAUAAGAGAGCUUAUAUGAAUCUUGUGAAAAAGCUCAGGAAAGAGCUUGGGGAUCGACAGUCAGAGAGCCUUGAAAAAGUCCGGCAGCUGCUUCCUCUCCCAAAACAGACUCGAGAUGUAAUUACCUGUGAGCCUCAGGGAUCCCUAAUAGACACCAAGGGUAACAAGAUUGCUGGCUUUGAUUCACUUUUCAAAAAGGAGGGUCUGCAAGUAUCUACAAAACAGAAGAUCUCUCCAUGGGAUGUUUUUGAGGGGUUAAAGCACUCUGCUCCUUUGUCCUGGGGUUGGUUUGGAACUGUGCGUGUUGACCGCAAAGUGACAAAAUUUGAAGAGCAACAACGACUCUUGCUUUACCACACUCACUUGAAGCCUAAGCCUCGUAGUUAUUACCUUGAACCACUUCCUUUACCCCCAGAAGAGGAAGAGCCACCUACACCUGUGCCUCUGGAACCUGAAAAGAAGUUGUCAGAGUCCUCAAAGCCAGAAAAGAGCACAGCUGUAGCUACUGCAGACUCCAAGAAGAAGAACGUUAAAAAAAAACGAAGUCAGUCCACCAGUAAAUCAGAGGAUUACCCAUCCAAUGCUCAACGUGUAGUUUCUUAUGGACCUUCAAUGCCUCAAGAUCACCUACCUGGAAACCCAUUCAGACAAGGGUAUACACAGGCAAUGAACUACACACAGAAUCAACAUCUUCCAGCAGGGGGACCACGAAUGGAUACUACUUAUCGUCCUGUACGCCCUUUGAAUACUGGAAAAAUUAUGCAAAACAGGCCACAGUAUUCCGGUUUGCCUGGCAUGCCUGGUAUACCUGGAAUGAUUGGGAUAGAUCAACAAACAUUACGUAUGGCACAGUACAAUAAACAGCCAUCUCAACAAGGGCAACUUCUACGGCACCAACUGCAGGUGAAACUGCAAAACCAGGUGUUAGGGCCAAGGCAGAUGAACCCAAAUCCUUCCUAUGUGCCAAUGCAGACACCUCAGAAUUAUACAAAUUAUGCCUCACACAUGGGAAUGCCGCAGCAUCCUUCACAAACAAGUGGAAUGGUUCCAACUACUUAUUCCAACCCACCCUUUCAAGGCACGCACCCAAGUACAAACCCAGCAAUGGUGGACCCUCAUCGGCAGAUGCAGACAAGACCAAGUGGCUAUGUUCACCAGCAGGCACCUGGCUAUGCACAUACUAUGCCAAACACACAGAGAUUUGUUAAUCACCAGCACAUCCAACAGAACCCUAUGAUGCCAGGGAUGAGUCACAUGGGUAACCAAAAUGUGCAUUCUGGUAUGAGAACAAACCAAAUGCUUGCUGAACAACAACAACAACAACAACAACAACAACAGCAGCAGCAGCAACAACAACAACAACAGCAGCAGCAGCAGCAGCAACAACAGCAGCAACAGCAACAGCAGCAGCAGCAGCAACAGUAUCUGAGACAACAAGCCCUCAGACAACAACAAGCAGCACAACAGCAAGCUGUGCAACAUCAACAGGCAGCUCAACAACAGGUACAGCAACAACAGGCUGCACAACAACAGGUGUCUGCUGCUCAGGCCCCUUCACAAGCACAGCCACAACCUCUGGGAAUGCAGCCUCUACCACCUCAGCAACCCAUGUUUCCGAGGCAUGGCAUGCAACAAACCCAACAGCAGCAACAAACGGCAGCACUGGUCCGGCAGCUUCAACAACAACUCAGUAACACUCAGCCUCAGCAGAACACCACUCCUUACUACUGAUAAUUGCCCUAUUGAGAAGAACAAGGAGAGCAGUCUUCUGAAGCAGCAAAGCCAACUGUACUGAUGUUUUCUCUUUCUGGCCAGCAAAAUAGAGGGCAUCUCAGAGACAACACAAGAAACUUUGCUCAUUAAGAUGUUUAACCUUGUGAUAGAUUGCAAAGUAGGCUGAUGGAGAAGUAGGAAUAGUAAUAUAAUUUAGGCUGUUUGUCAGAAGACUAUUAAAUACAUUUCUCUCUCUUUCUCUCCCUCUGUAUAUAUGGUUGUGAGUGGGCUGAAGGUAUGUGCGUAUGUGUGUGACUAAAAUAUGUAUAUAUAGAGUGAGAAAAAGCUACAUCUGUGUGCUUGUACAUACACAUGCCUCUUACAUACAUGCACACAUCCUAUUGUAAAAUGAGUAUAUAUGUAUGUACAUACAUAAAAUACAUACUAGUGCACAAAUGUUGCUCAGUGUCUUUCCUACUUGUUCUGCAAUAUCUUUGUUACUGCGAUCUUCAGUGACAUUAAAAUAUAAUUAAGUUAUCCUUUAAAUCCCAAUAAAGCUGGACUGGAUUAGCAGUUAAUUAAAUUUUGUUGAUAACAAAUUUGUUAGUUUGUGUAAAAAAAAAAAUAUAAAAAAGUAUUGAUGCAUUUUUUAUUUCAAUUUGUACUUUGUACAACUUUUUUCUUUAUUAAAAUGAUUUCUGAGUUUUUAUCAGAUUAACUGUA